AUGCGGCACGGUCGAAGCAUCCUCGGAAAUUCCACAGCGCCCACUUUGGAGCCAGCAGACGGAAAAUCCGCGCAUACAAAGACUACAUCCUCACUAAGAGGAAAGAUGAUCCCCAACUCAUCGUGGAUUGUGCUUCUGAGUGGCAUUUUAUACUUUUUUCGUGAAUCUUCUUCAAGAAGGACUAGAGGCCAUGAAAAAGCAGAUAAAAGCAACCUCCAAAAAGCAGUUAUUGACGCGUACUGCUAUUUUGGAUCGAAGGACUGCAUUGAGAAGUUUAAAGAUCUUUUCGACAGAGAAGUAAUUCAGAAAUGUGAGAGCGGCCAAAAAGCAAGCAACUGCGUGAGCGUCGCCGCUCCCCUUCGAGCGAUGGUCUACUGCUAUGGUGUGAAAGAAGGCGGAGACGAUGCUUUCAACAAGGUUAAAGAGCUGUAUUAUGCAGAAACUGUCCAGUUAGAAAAGGACUACCUACUCCGAGGCUUAGGAUGCCACAAGGACAUUACAGCCUUGAAAGGGUAA